GCUUCCCCUCCCGAGGUCAGGUCAUCCCUGGCUUUCACCCAGGAUAGCCUGGGCCACUGUACUCCUCUGUAGCCAUGGCGCAGGUGGGCGAUGGCAGAGGGCAAGUGGGCAGCCCUUCGCUCGGGGUCCUGGGGCAGCCUGGCCUGCCUGACCUCACUGAUGGAGCCAGGGGUGGCCGCUGCCUGCCAGGGUUUCGGUCUCAGUGCACCUGGGGAGUCGGGGCUGCGCCAGGCCACAGGCAGCCUGCAUGCCCUGUGCUUCAUGUGACAAGUUGAACCCUGACUGAGUCCGCCUGCCCGCUACUACUCGGUGCCACGGGGCGGAGCAGGGCUCUGCACUGACUACCCCCGGGCCUGUAUUAGAGGUCUGGCCGAGUUGCCGGGGGCUGGGCUUGAGCUUGGAACCCUUGUGCCUCGGCCUCCUGAGUGCUGGAGUGCUAGGCCUGCCCCGCCCUGCUACCAAAGCUUGAUUUUCCAGUUGACACGUGAGGCAGAGCGGUGCUGGGCUCGGAGCACAGCUUCGAGCCCCUCAGCUGGGAGCCUCACCGUCCCGGGCGUGUUUCACCGUAGUUGACCGACUUCAGGUGCCUGUGUAUCCCGGGGCCCUGGGGAGGUGUUAGAGCGAAGCCGGAAGCCGAAGCCGGAAGCCGAAGCCGGGCGCUGGCGACCCGGCUGAGAGGGGCGGGAAGGCCCCGCCCAGAGGCGGGCUCAGGGCCGGUUUCACAGAAGCGAAAGUGGAAGCGCUCGGGCCGCAGGAAUCGCUGAUCUGACCUGCUGCCUCCACUCUUCCUCAUGGACCCCAAGCCAGCGUCAGGGACCCUCGACGCCGCCGUCUGUGCCCUCCUGGAGGACCAGGCCAGGCUGAAGAGGAGGCUGCAGGAGCUCCAGCAGCUGCACAAGGAGGCCAGGGACACCCCCAAACUUAAGGUCCCGUUCCCAGUGCCCGAGGUCCCGCUGGAGUUCCGGGGCCGCACUGAGCAGGGCCGGGAAGCGGCCGGGUCCUCGGUCUCCCAGCUGCGCAUCUGCUGUCCUCUCCCGGGAGGCUCUGUCCUGGUGACCUUCGAUGACCCCAAAGUGGCCGAGCAGGUGCUGCAGCGGGAGCUGCACCAGGUGAACCUGGAGGAGUGUCGCCUGCGGGUGCGCGUGCGGCCGCUGGAGCUGCCCAUGGUGACCGCCGUGCAGGUGUCCAGCGGGGCGCGCAGGGAGCGCGUGCUGGUGAGCGGGCUGCCGGUGGGGCUGGCCCUGCCCGAGGACACGCUGCUGGACAAGCUCGAGCUAUUCUUCAGCAAGGCCCGGCAUGGCGGCGGCGACGUGGACACCCGUGAGCUGCUGCAGGGCGGCGCCGCGCUGGGCUUCGCCGACGAGGGGGUGGCCCAGCGCCUGUGUCAGGUCGGCCAGUUCCAGGUGCCCCUGGGUGGGCAGCAGGUGCCCCUGAGAGUCACCCCCUACAUGAGCGGGGACAUCCAGAAGGCUGAGGUGAGCACCCUCCUCUGCCGAUUGCCCCGCUCCCCUGUCCUCCUCCCGUGCACUGUCCUGCCUCAGCCUCCCCCUGAGGCUCCAAUCCCUCCGCAGAUCCAGUGGCAGGCCGUGCCCCGCUCGGUGCUGGUACUGGGUGUCCCCGACGUCCUGGACGGCCCAGAGCUGCGAGACAUCCUGGAAGUCCACUUCCAGAAGCCCACCUGCGGCGGUGGAGAGGUGGCGGCGGUGGCCGUGGUGCCCCCUGGACAGCGGGGCCUGGCCGUGUUCACUUCGGCCUCGGGCAGGGGGCGGGAGCAGUAAACCACCCUUAUCUAUCGCA